AUGGCUUCAGGAGCUGCUAGAAGAUCUGCUCCUUCAACAGGCAGCACCAAGAAGCAGGACCCCGCAAAGGUGCAAUUGGUGACGGCGGUCCAAGAUGCGUCUGUGGAAGCAGAACAAGAUGCAGGAGCGUCAGGAUCAUCAUCGAAGCUCAAGGAAAUGGCUGUGGUAACGACAAGAUCCAUCGACGAGCCAACAGACCCAAGUCACGUGGAAGAGCCUCGCCGAAUAAUUCUUCCCGACGAGUCGACCGCCUGGAUGUCCAAGAUCCAUCUCCUUGAUCUUCCAGUCGAACUUGUCGAUAUGUUCUGUAGAGUGUAUUUGGACGUGUGCUCCAACACUUGUCUGGGACUGACAUGCAGAACGCUGUUCAACAUGACCGAACACAUCCAUCCCUAUCAAGUAAGCCUGCACAUGCGAACGAGCGGGAAGUGUCUUGGCCAUCUCUUGACUGGUUGGAUGGCGCCAAAAUACAGCUUCGAUCACGCUUGGGGCAAGUUCUUGCCGAAGAAGAUGUUCCUGAGGAACGAUGAAGCGAUCGAAAGAGAAUGGAGGCGGAAAGAGUCCUGGAGGAAUAUUCGCUUGGCUGUGGAUAAUGCGGGUGCUAUUGUUGCUUAUGAGAGUAGCAGUAAGCGGAAGGGCUUUUAA